AUGGCCUCCACGGAGCGGCCGAAGACGCCACCGCGUCCGGCGCCCAAUCAUGCCGCCAACUCGCCCAUAACUCCCGAGCAAGUGCGGCGGAUGGAGGAGUCUCGCCUGAGGGCCAAAGCAUUGCGAACACAGCAACAGAAUGCAGGGAACGCCAACACAACUCGCGCAUCCGCGGCGGCUGUGUAUCCUGUAACCGGCCAGAAGAGGUCUCAUGCUGCUAUAUCAACGCGUGACGCUCCUGCGACGAACCGAGACGCCCGCAAUACGCCGAACAAGCCCAACAGUAAUAAUGGUCUGGCACAGGCAAAUGACGAUGGCGUUCGAGCGGCGAGGAAGUUUCAAAAGUUCGUGGAGUACGAUUUCAGUAAGAUGACGGACACCAAGGGCGGUUUCAUGACACACGAAGAUGAUCCGCAUAACAAGACACUCCAUGCACCGGAGGAGGGGAAGCCGGCGAACAUGACACUGAGGGAAUGGGAGGCACAGAGGCUGCAGAAACGGCUUCGUGAUACACGACAGGGUCCAUAUGAGCCGGGCCUGUCGGCACUCGAGGGGAACAAGAAGCUGUGUAGGGAGUGCGGCAUCCCGGAGAUUGACUGGCAAUGGGAUGAACUGUUGGGCUGUCAGGUGUGCAACACGUGCAAGGAGAAGUUUCCGGAGAAGUAUUCUCUCCUCACCAAGACCGAAGCGAAAGAAGACUACCUCCUCACGGACCCUGAAUUGAGGGAUGAAGAUCUGCUGCCUCAUCUGGAGAAGGCCAAUCCGCAUAAAUCGACGUGGAACAACAUGAUGCUCUACCUGCGAUUCCAAGUGGAGGAAUAUGCAUUCUCCGCCAAGAAGUGGGGCUCUGCCGAAGCUCUGGAUGCCGAGUUCGAGCGGAGGAGUAAAGAGGCAAAGGAGAGGAAGGAGAAGAAGUUCCGGAACAAGCUGCAGGAGUUGAAGAAGCGAACGCGAGUGGAUGCGUACAAGAGGGGAAGAGCUGGGGGAGGCGGGGAGUUUGGCGACACGAUCGGCCAGGGCAAGCAUGAGCAUGAAUGGGGACGGAGCGUCGAGGAUCCCGAGACUGGUAUGUUGAAGAAGAGCUGCGUUGAAUGCGGUAUGGAGGUGGAGGAGUUGGAACUGUGA